AUGGGAGUCGGAGGACAAAGAAGAGGAAUACAAUCCUGGUGGUUAGCCAUCCGUUUUUCUGUAAUGCUCAGCUGUGUGGAGUGGGUUUCAGCUCAGAUAAAAUAUUCAGUUCCAGAGGAAGUACAAGUGGGAUCCGUUGUUGGAAAUGUCGCCAAGGAUCUAGGAUUGGACACCAGUUCGCUGCAGGAACGACGGUUUCGUAUUGUUUCGGGAACUAAAGAUGCUCAGUUUGAAGUAAAUCAGAACAAUGGCGUCUUGUAUGUGCAUAAGAACAUCGAUCGAGAGGAGCUUUGUGAAAGCGUUUCUCCGUGUUUAAUGAACCUAAAAAUGGUAGCUGAGAACCCCAUGGAAAUACAUUAUGUUGGAGUUGAAAUCAUAGAUGUAAAUGAUAAUUCACCGAGCUUUCAAGAGGAAGAAAAAAUAUUAGAAAUUCCUGAGUCCAUUGUUCCUGGCAAACGUUUCCAGUUACCAACUGCGCACGAUCCAGAUGUUGUCACCAAUACUGUGCGUGUGUAUAAAUUAAAUCAAAACGAAUAUUUUAGUAUACAAAUCCGAGAGAGAGGAGAGGACAAGAUACCAUUCUUAGUUCUACAAAAGACUCUGGAUAGAGAAAAGCACCAUGAGCACAGAUUGAUUCUGACAGCAGUUGACGGUGGAAAUCCACCGAGAUCAGGGACACUUAAUGUCACAGUUAUAGUUCUCGAUUCCAAUGAUAACCAUCCUACAUUUACACAAGAAGUGUAUUCAGUAACAGUACCUGAAAAUGUAGAUGCAGAUACAAGUGUUAUUAGGGUAAAGGCAACUGAUGUGGAUGAGGGCCCAAAUGGAGAAAUUGAAUACUAUUUCGGGGGUGAACUUGACCGGAAGAUAUAUGAUGUGUUUAGCUUAGAUAAAGACACCGGUGAAAUUCGAGUAAAAGGAGAAAUUGACUUUGAGAAGGUUGACGUUUUUAAGUUAGACGUCCAUGCAACUGACAAAGGACAGCCUCCAAUGACUACCGAUUGCAGGGUGAUCAUUAAAGUGCUCGACAAAAACGACAACAAACCUCAAAUAGAAGUAACAUCCCUGUCAAACAUGGUGGCUGAAGACUCAAAACCUGGGACUGUGGUUUCCCUUAUUAGUAUUACAGACCAAGACGGCGGUUUAAACGGUAAAGUAAUAUGUAGUCUUUCAGAUAAUGUGCCAUUCGAUUUAAAACCAUCUUUUCAAGAUAAUAUGUACUCAUUAGUUUUGAAACAGCAUUUAGAUCGAGAAUCAGUUUCGCAUUAUGACAUCAAAAUAACAGCUACAGACUGUGGUCAGCCUCCUCUGUCUACAUUCAAAACUUUAAGUAUUGAUGUAUCAGACGUGAAUGAUAAUGUCCCAGAAUUUUUGCAUAAUCCAAUUGAACUUUAUCUGGUAGAAAAUAAUGUGCCUGGAAACCCUAUAUUUUCUGUUACUGCUACAGAUAAAGACUUAAAUGAAAAUGCAGCUUUAACUUAUCAUAUAGUUAGAGAGGAAGGUAGUCAAAUAAAAAUUGCAGCAUUUUUGAAUAUCAAUUCAGAUAAUGGACAA